AUGUACCGAAAAAGAUGUCGUGCUAAAGCACAGUGAGAUUCAUUGAGAACACUGACUGUAUUUAUAUAUUAAACAAUGGAAGCGCCAUCACACCUUGUUAUCAGAGAAAGUGAAAGUGUCUGAGAGUGUGUGUGACUUAUGGAGUCCAAUUCAGAGUUCGACGUGAUUAUCAUCGGAGCUGGCGUCAUGGGCAGCUCCACCGCCUACCACGCCACCAAACGCGGCCUUAAAACCCUUCUCCUGGAACAGUUCGACUUCCUCCACCACUGUGGCUCCUCCCACGGCGAAUCCCGCACCAUCCGCCUCACCUAUCCCCACCACUACUACUACCCUUUAGUCAUGGACUCUUACCGCCUCUGGCAAGAGGCGCAGGCCCAAGUCGGCUACCAGAUCUACUUCAAGGCCCAUCACAUGGACAUGGCCCAUCACAACGAGCCCGCCAUGCGCGCCCUCAUCGACUACUGCCGCAACCUCCAAAUCCCCUUCAAACUCCUCGGCCGCCAAGAGCUCGCCGACAAAUUCUCCGGCCGCAUCGACAUCCCGGAGGGUUGGGUGGGCCUCUCCAACGAGCACGGAGGCGUCAUCAAGCCCACAAAAGCAGUGGCCAUGUUCCAAACCCUAGCCUACAAAAACGGCGCCGUCUUGAAGGACAACACCAAGGUCAUCGACAUCAAGAAAGAGGGCGGCACAGGUGGGGUCGAGGUUUUCACAGCGGGGGGUGAAAAAUUCCGCGGUAGAAAAUGCGUGGUAACUGUAGGGGCGUGGGCGAAGAAAUUAGUUAAAGCCGUUAGCGGGGUGGAACUGCCGAUCGAGCCACUGGAGACGCACGUUUGUUACUGGAGGGUGAAGGAGGGGCAGGAAGGGAAAUUCGCGAUAGGGAGCGGGUUCCCGACAUUCGCGAGCUUCCAGAAAGAUAUUUACGUCUACGGCACGCCAACGUUGGAGUUUCCGGGGCUGAUUAAGGUUGGUGUGCACGGGGGGGAGCCGUGCGACCCGGAUAAGAGGCCGUGGGGAGCAGCGGUGAUGAUGGAAAAACUCAAAGAAUGGGUGGAGUUUACGUUCAAGGGGAUGGUUGAAUCCACUGAGCCCGUCAUCAAACAGUCUUGCAUCUACUCCAUGACGCCAGAUGAGGAUUUCCUCAUUGAUUUCUUGGGUGGGGACUUUGGGAAGGAUGUGGUUCUUGGAGCCGGCUUUUCUGGUCACGGCUUCAAGAUGGCUCCGGUUAUUGGCAGGAUAUUGACGGACCUUGCUGUCCAUGGGGAAACUAAAUCCCAUGAUAUCAGUUACUUUAGGAUUGCAAGGUUCCGUAUAACCUCUAUGAUUUAGCCUUCUUUUCUUCUAUUUAAAUAAAUGCAUCUCCUUCCACCCUUUCCUUUUCUAAUUCUUGUUUACCAGCCACCAGCUUUUGCUUUGCUUAUUAUUAUUAAUGUAAGAAUAAAACAACUCUUGUCACGAUAUCUGCAGAUAAAAUAACCUUACUCAAUUUAUA